GUGUAGUCAGGCGAUGGAGGAGGAGGUUAUGUGAUUGCAGACUACAGGACAUGGGGUUACAGCCAGCACUACCUGACACCUAUCGCGUGAUACACCGAUCCUAAGUUACACCGUGAACACCGCAAUCUGCCAUUAACUUUGAUUCGUCAGGAUAAAUAAAAUAUGGCGGCCUUGCUGGUGAGAGGCUGUGUGCUCCGGCCUGUCUGGGCGGCAAGGUCCUCUCCUGUCUGGAGCAGAGCGGAGAGCACCAAAGGUAUUUUUGAGGAACAUGUCUGUCUCGGUUGUACUUCUUUAAGAAUGGGGAACUUUAGAAAUUUUCAUUUUAGAAGGUAUGCGACAGCCCAUCCUAUUUGCAUCUCCUUAAGGCAAGUGGAUAAUGGAUUUUCAUGGACUAAAGGACAUGAGAGAACAUAUUUGAAGUCCCAUAAUUGUCCUGAGUCAUGGAUGUCCUGUUCUAGCACAAGCAGUUUAGGGCCACAGCACUUAUCGGUUCGAGGAUUUCAUUCUUCUCGGCGACUUUCUGAUGACUCUGUGGUGGAGAAAUCUUUAAAAUCUUUAAAGGAUAAAAAUAAGAAACUGGAAGAAGGUGGUCCUGUGUAUAGUCCAGCAGAAGUGGACCCUGUUAAAAAGACUUUAGGCCAGAAGAUUGUGCAUGAGAUAAAGCACUACUAUCAUGGCUUCCGGUUGUUGUGGAUAGAUACCAAAAUAGCUGCAAGAAUGCUUUGGCGCAUCCUCAAUGGUAAUCUGCUCUCUCGAAGAGAAAGGAGACAGUUUCUUAGGAUAUGCGCUGACCUCUUUCGUCUUGUACCUUUCCUGGUCUUCGUUAUCGUUCCUUUCAUGGAGUUCUUGCUUCCUGUUGCGCUAAAACUGUUCCCGAGUAUGUUACCUUCAACAUUUGAAACAUCCUCAACUAAGGAUGAGAAGUUGAAGAAGGAGCUAAGGGCAAAACUUGAAAUAGCCAAGUUUUUGCAAGACACCAUAGAGGAGAUGGCUUUAAGAAAUAAAGCUGCAACCGGUGACGCAACCACAGAGUUUUCAGCAUUUUUUCAAAAGAUUCGAAGCUCUGGAGAAAGACCCACUAACGAGGAGAUUGUGAGGUUCUCUAAACUCUUUGAAGACGAACUUACACUUGAUAAUUUAGCAAGGCCACAGCUUGUGGCAUUAUGCAAAUUACUAGAGCUUCAAUCAAUGGGGACAAAUAACUUCUUGCGCUUUCAGCUCACAAUGAAGCUGAGGUCCAUUAAAGCAGAUGAUAAACUAAUUGCAGAGGAAGGCGUGGAUUCUCUGAAUGUGAAAGAACUACAGGCUGCAUGCCGUGCAAGGGGUAUGAGAGCUCUUGGGGUCACAGAGGAGCGGUUAAGAGAACAGUUAAAGCAGUGGUUGGAUCUGCACUUAAAUCAGGAAAUCCCUACAUCAUUGCUACUUUUGUCAAGAGCUUUGUAUCUACCUGACACACUGUCACCAGCUGAUCAGCUCAAAACAACACUACAGGCUUUACCCGAAAGUAUGGCUAAGGAAGCUCAGGUUAAGGUGGCCGCAGUAGAGUGUGACAAAGUAGAUAAUAAAACAAAACUUGAAGCAACACUCCAGGAGGAAGAAGCCAUCCGUAAAGAAAACAAGGAGAAGGAGGAAAAGGAAAUGGAAAAGUUGGCGGAGGCUGCAAAAGAAAGCUUACAGGCGGCAGCUAAGGUGGAAGCACAAGCUGCACCUGAUUUAGCGACCACCUCUGCAGAUCUUAAGGACAAUGCUGUAGAUAUGUCUUCUGAAGCGGGGGCAACUCCGGUGAGCCCAUCAGAACAAGCUGAGCUUUUAAUAGAUACAGCACCUGUUUUGGAAGGCACUAAAGGUGAAGAAAUAACCAAGGAAGAAAUUGACUUAUUAAAUGAUGCGUGCACUAAACUGAAAGAACAAAAGAAACUGCUGACAAAAGAAAAGGAGGAGCUUAAUGAGCUGAAGGAUGACGUUCAGGAGUAUUGUGAGGAUUUGGAAGAGAUUAAGAAAGAACUGUCAAAGACUGGCCAAGAGAAAGUGGUUGAAGAGACCAAGGCAAGUAAGCGACUUACAAAACGCGUCAACCGUAUGAUUGGCCAGAUUGACAAAAUCAUUGUUGAGUUGGAAAACGAGGAGGAAAAAGUAGUGGACACGCAAAUAGACAGUGGCUCUGUGCCUCCUGUAGGAUUGUAUUUCGCCUUUAGGGAAAAUCUUGUGAGCAUCAGUGAGCUCAUAAACAUCAUGAAGCAAAUUCAGAAGGUGCCAGAACAGAAAUUACUUAAGAUCGCAGAGGCGCUCGAUGAAAACAAAGAUGGGAAGAUUGAUAUCAAUGAUGUAGCUAAGGUGGUGGAAUUAAUUGACAAGGAAGACAUAGACAUCUCCACUAGCCAAGUUGCAGAGAUCAUGGAACUUCUGCAGAAAGAGGAGAAGCUAGUUGUAAAGGAAAAGGCAAAAGAAAAGGCAGAGAAAGAGCAAGCGGCAGAAGUGCAGAAUUAAAAGUUUUUGCUGAACCAAAGGCAUUGAUAUCUAUCCGCUCCUUUAUAAAUAAUUAAUUGAACUACUAUUGUCCUCAGUUUAUAUUGCUUUUGAGGUGACUUCAUUGCCAUGUGACAUAUUGUGCACUGUUUAUGUAGUAAAAUAAAGGCUUUUAUUCUUAAAUGUCAUAAACUGUCAUUCCGUAAGUAUCAGAAAUUUUAUUUUUUAUCCAUAAGAGCUUUCCUUUUUCAUUGAAAUAUUUUGGUUGUGUAAUUUAAAAAAAAAAAAAAAUCCUUAUGGAUGCGUAAUCACAUUUGACAUUAAAGGGAUAGGAAAGUCAAAAUUAAAUCUACAUGAUUCAGACAGAGCAUGUUAUUUUAAGUCACUUUUAAAUUUACUUCUUUUUUUCAAAUGGGCUUUGUUCUUUUAGUAUCCAUUGUUGAAAAAGAAUUUGCGCAUAUCCUACACUAGUAGGAACAAGCUACUGAUUGGUGCCUGCACACACUUGUGUCUUGUGAUUGGCUAACAAGAUGUGUUCAGCAUGCUACCAGUAAUGCAAUGCUGUUUCUUCAGCAAAUAAUAACAAGAGAAUGAAGCAAAUUUGAUAAAAUAAGUAAAUUGGAAAGUAUGUUCUAUUCAAAUCAUGAAAGAGAAAAUGUUGUGCUUUCCUGUCCCUUUAAAUUAUGUAUCUCAAUGCCUUGUAUCUGGUCAGUUAGCAAUAUUAGUCGCUGUACAGCGUAUCCCUCCCUUUUCAGAGUUUGAUUUCAAAUCCUAUGUAGAGGAGACCUUAAAAGAAAACUGAACCCAAUUUUUUUCUUUCGUGAUUCAGAUAGAGCAUGCAAUUUUAAUCAACUUUCUAAUUUACUCCUAUUAUUAAUUUUUCUUCCUUCUCUUGCUAUCUUUAUUUGAAAAAGAAGUCAUCUAAGUUUUUUUUUUUUUUUUUUUUUUUUUUUUUUUUUUUUUUUGGUUCAGUACUCUGGACAGCACUUUUUUUUGGUGGAUGAAUUUAUCCACCAAUUACCAAGAACAACCCAGGUUGUUCACCAAAAAUGGGCAGGCCUCUAAACUUACAUUCUUGCAUUUCAAAUAAAGAUACCAAGAGAAUGAAGAACAUUUGAUAACAUGAGUAAAUUAGAAAGUUGCUUAAAAUGUCAUUCUCUAUUCUGAAUCACGAAAGAAAACAUUUGGUUUCUGUGUCCCUUUAACCAGAGGUCAGCAACCUUGGCUCUCAAGAUGUUUUAGAACUACAUUUCCCAUGCUGCUUAGCUUAAAAACAUCAUGGGAAAUGUAGUUCUAAAACAACUGGAGAGCCAAGGUUGCUGACCCCUACCUUUAACAAUGUAAAAUGCACUGUAGGCUUUUUAAGCACUGCUUAGAUUUCACUUUUUGUUAUCUAUUUUGACAAUGUAGUUUUUAAGAUGUGAUCUAACUGCAUUGUUUUUUGUUUGUUUUUUUCUUAAAUCCUAAUUUAAAUUUAAGCUGUUGCCUUACUGGCAAAGAAUGUAUUACUGUGGUUUAUUUUUUAAUAUAUUUUUUUUAAAUUGUUUCCAUGUGUAGCACAUAAGAGGUGGUGCUUUAUGCUGUAUUGAAUGUAUUUUUCCUGUACAUUUAAAGUAAUUUUACCAGAGGGUUGUCCAAAAACGUAUUAUUGACCUUAAUCAUCUGUUAUUUUGCUGGCUCCAUGUUUUAGUUUACUAAAUUAAUUUAAAGGGACAUUGUAAUAAUUUUUUAUAAUUUGAAAGAGGGGAUUUUCCAUUUUAUGUAAAAGAGGAUAUUUCAAAAUAUAUUACAUGUUGUUGUGGUUUUUUUUUUUUAAUGAACUUUUCCUCAAUACAAAUUAAAUUUUGAGUGGUGUCUGCCUCCACUAUUAGAGCUGUGUUAGUUUCCUAAUUAGCUAGGGAGAAUCCGCAGAACCUAUAACGUUAUUGCUGUAUUUCAUUUCUUAACAUUUUUGAAGGAAAAAAAAACAAUUUGAAUAGAACUUGUUUAAGUGCUGCUUUUUCACGUGAUGGCAGUUGGAGUACAAUGUCCCUUUAACAAUGGUUAAUAAUAAUAAUAAUAAUGUAGCUUGGAAGGUUUAGCAAACACUAAAUUCAAGAUUUGUCUUUUACUGAAUUAAUUUCAGAUUAUUCUAUAAUGCAGCUUAAAUUAAUAGAAUUUACUGAAUCAAGAUAAAAACAUAUUGUAAUCAUUUUAACAGUCUGUUAUACGACCUAAAUAUGCCGCUGAAUUUAGCUAAAUGUUAGACAUUUUCAAAUUUUGUAAGUGAAUUCUGAUGCAUCUGUGUUGCGCACGUUGUUUGUUAAUUUUCUGAUUCAGUCACAUUUUAUAUGGUUUGUAGGAAUCCAAAGGCAGGAUUGUAGGUAACAAAAGAAAGAUAUAGAUCUGGAAUUACAAUGCAUAACACACCAAUGUUUAACCAUUUUGUAAAGGAACGUUAAAUGCCACUUUAAAAAUUAUGCCCACAUUCCCUAGAGAUGCCAAAAAGCAAUUUCUGUAACUUAGGUUUUCGUUAGACUUGUGCAUUUGGCACUAAACCAAUGCCAAAGAUGGUCAUUGCAAGCCGUAUUCGGCAAUUUUCGGAGCUGGAUUUAUUCUUCUGAAAAUGCAACACACAAAGAUCUAGAUUUGCACCGAACUUAGUGUUUUGCACUUUCACAAGAAUAAAUCCAGCUCUGAAUAUUGCUGAAUGUGGCUUGCGGUGGUCAUCUUCAGCAGUGCCGAUUGCACAAAUCUAGUUUUCUCCACAAUGCUGUAAUUGAGCUAAACCCCGGGUAUUUGGUUUACAGUAUUAAGAACAAAACCUACGUUCCAUAAUUUGCUUUUUGGCCUCUUUAAGGGAACAUAAGUUAAACGCAACUUUUUCACAGUAGCAAGAGUUACUUAAUGUACCUUUUAAGAACCACUUGAAACAAAAUGAACUAUAUGAAGAGAUGUUAUGAAUAUAUUGGUCAACACUCACUAUCACUACCUCCUAGAAAUAGUUUUUUAAAAAGUUGGUUAACUUGUUUUCUGUAUUUGUGUAGCACUGGGCUCACCAAUUUUAAAAUCAGAUAUGCUAAUUAAUCCUCAGUGGCCUUUAAAAUCUUUUCUGGUAAACCCAAUGCUUUUCAGUAAUUGUAAAUAGUGUUCCCACGCGUACGUUUCCUUUUUAUCAUAAGAAUCCAGACCUGUAGCUGCACUUAUGUUCUUGACUGCUCAGUUUUAUUGUAUUGCAUUGUUUUUGCUUUGUAGUAAUCAUUUUGAGCACAUCUUCCUUAAUAUAGCUCCUCUUUUGAAGCUCCUCCAUUUAGAGGGAGUCAUUCAGGCUUGUGCAGCCUGUCGUGAUGACAUCCGUAAACACACUUGCCCAUCUAUACUUUGCCUUAUGCCUUUGUUCUCUGGCUGUAACUCCUCAAUGUUUUGUGCUCUAAAGAGGUGUAGCUACAUUGAUUGGCAGUUAAUAAGUCAUUCAUUAAUGGGACAUGAAACCCCACAUUUUUCUUUCAUGAUUCAGAUACAGCAUACAAUUUUAAAAAACAUUCCAGUUUAUUUCUAUUUAAUUUGUUUUGUUCUUUUAGUAUACUUUGUUGAAAAGCAUAUUUAGGUAGGCUCAGGAGUUGCAAGCUAGAUGCUGAUUGGUGGCUUGACAUUUAAGUCUCAUGUCAUUGGCUUACCAAUGUGUUCAGCUAGCUCCCAAUAGUGCAUUGCUGCACUACUAAAGUAAUACAUUGGAAAUUUGGUUUAAAAAUGAGUGCUCUAUCUGAAUCAUAAGAGAAACAUUUUGUGAUUCAUGUCCCUUUAAGACAUAUGUUAAGUAUGGUUUAGAGGUUCCAUUCCUAAUCUGCUUUGUGGUAUUGACUAAAUAAAUCAAUAUUCAAGUCUGUUGGUAUGAAAAAUUGUGUUCCAGUAAAAAAAAAAAAAAAUGGACCGGAUCUACAGAGAUUACCAGCUACUGGUGGGUUUCACACAUUUGUAGGUAGUUUUGCUUACAUCUUUUGGGUUUGGCCGGCCCAUUUUACCAUGAAAAAACUAGAAUAUAUUGUCAACAGGUAUUAUGCUGUGCACUAUAUUUAUAUAUUUUUUUUCUAAAAGUGAUGACUUUGAAGUGGUCCAAAGAGGGAAACAUAGAAAAUGAUGUACAGUAUUUACGUAUUUAACAUUUUCAGAUGACCAAUUUUACAUAUACAUGAAAACUGCUGAAAGGGUUAAAUAAAAAGUACUGUAAUAUUACAAGGGACAUUUUAUGUGUUGUGUUUAUCACUCAUAUUUUUUUUUUUUUUAUGAUUUUUUAAAUAUGAAGUGUGCCCAUGUUAAUUUAAAUAAAUUUUAUUUGCCUAUCAUCCCAUAAAACAA